AUGCCAACAUUAUCGACUUGGAUCCCAGAUCAACCCGUAGAUCGCUCAAUGAUCCAAAUACCUAGGAAUAUCCAACUAGCCGAUCCACGAUUCCAUCGACCAGCUCCGAUCGAAAUCAUAUUAAGCGCCGGACCCACACUAGCCUCCCUCUGCGUCGGUCAACUGGAUAUCAGCCAGUCGAACGGGCCUGACUUGCGUCUACAGAAAACGAGAUUCGGAUGGGUCAUCGGGGGGAGUCCAACCUCGCAAGCUUCAGCACAGGCAUUUCACACCUCCACGGCGGACUUACAAACGGACCUCGCUCGAUUUUGGGAAAUCGACGAAGGACCACCAAUUUCACAUAUUUCAGAGGCAGAUCGACAAUGCGAAGAACAUUUCCAAAGUCACGUCCAACGCACCAAUGAAGGACGAUACAUCGUCGCUCUCCCAUUCAACGAAACGACCCCGCCGCUUGGAUCCUCCAAAGCCUUGGCGAUGAAGCGUCUCACAUCUCUCGGCCGCCGGUUUCAACGAGACAAGCAAUUCGAAGCCGACUAUCGCGUCGUAAUAAAUGAAUAUUUGGAUUUGGGACAUAUGACAAAAAUCGCCACGAAUCAUUCAACUGACGAAGGAUAUUUUCUCCCACAUCACGAUGUUAUCAAGGAGUCCAGUCAAACCACAAGGCUCAGAGUCGUGUUUGACGGAUCUGCACCGCCCACCACCGGAGUUUCAUUGAACGAUCGACUUCAUACGGGACCUAAGCAACAAGAGGACUUGUUCGACAUUCUCCUAAGGUUCCGUUCGCACCAAUACGUCCUUACAGGUGAUGUCGAAAAAAUGUACCGACAAUUCCUUGUACGCCCAGAGGACCGAAAGUUCCAACAGAUUUUGUGGCGUAAUGAUAAGGGCGAGGUCGACACCUAUCAAUUGAACACCGUGACAUUCGGGCUUUCAGCGGCUCCAUAUCUCGCAAUACGGUGCCUCAGACAAUUAGCGGACGACGAGGGACAUCGAUAUCCACAAGCAGCAAAGAUCCUACAACGAGAUUUCUACGUCGACGAUGUUCUCACAGGAUCAGACACAAGAAACGAGGCACUAUCAUUGAGAACAGAUCUCACGGAAUUACUCAAAUUAGCCGGUUUGACCAUUCGAAAAUGGGCUUCAAAUGAUCGAGCACUGCUGAACGGACUUCCCGAAUAG